AUGCUCAAGCUUCGCUGCCAUCAGAAGUUGCAGCGGCUUACAGAUUUGGUCCGCGGCGGGUUCCAGCCGCGCCUUCCGACUUCGCUGCCGCCCCCAGGGCAGCAGCAGCAGCCGUCGCCGCUACCACGCCGACAGCCCGUCCCGUUGAUGCCUCCCGCGCAGCUUCAUCCGGGAGCGCCCCAGGUGGCCGCUCCGGCGCCUGCGGUCCCUCUUCAGUCGCCACCGCCUUCGGAGCUGAUGGACGUCGACCCCUCAGCCGGGCCGCCUUCCCAAGCGGUGGCUGUGCAGCCUGUCCUGCAGCCGCUUUCCUUGGCCACCCCCAAGGAGUCUGACACCGCAGCGCCUUGUCCGGCGCCCACUCAGCAGCCGUCGACGCAGCGUCAGGAGACGCUGCCUCUCUUCGUGGGUCCCGACGCCCCGUCGCGUCCACCCGCUUUUCUUGCCUGCCGGACGCGGCACGAUAGGCGCGCGCUCAGCGACGCCCGGUAUGCCGGCGGGCACGCGGCCGCCCUCCGGAGAGUCGAUGAACCGCGGCGGCGGCGGCGUCUGCUGGAGGCUGGGACCGCCGCCUCCGCCUCCACAGGCCGCGGCCGCCGCGGUUUAAAUUAA